AUGAAAAAUAUAUUGAUGGAAAAAUAUAAUGAUUAUUUACAUGAAAUAGAUUGUAAAAAAUUAAUAAAUAAUAAAUCCGAAAAUAUAAUGAAUGAAAAUAAUUCUAAAAAAUGUAAUAUUAAAAAUUUAUAUCUACAAAAUAAGUUGUCGAGAAAAAAUGAAAUCACCAAUUCCGAAUAUGAAAAGGAAAACAAAAUGAAUGAUAAGAAAAACAUAUAUACUAUUGGGGAAAAUAUUUUAACCAAUAUUAAUCUGAAUACACACAAAAAUAUAAGAGUAUAUUGUGAUAAUAUAAAAAAUAGUAACGUUAAAAGUAGUAAAAUAUAUGAAGAUAAAGAUAUAAAAAAACGUUUUAAUAUCUUAAUAGAUAAAGAAAAUGCAAUAAAUAGUAUUUUAAGCUCAACAUAUGCAGGAAUAAUUUCUCGAACUGUCACUGCCCCUUUAGAUAGAAUAAAAUAUAUAAUGCAAAUAACAAAUAAUUUAACAAUUUAUGAAAUAUUUGAUAUUAUAAAAAAAGAUGGAACAUUUUGUGGAUUUUUUAGAGGAAAUUGUGUUAACAUUGUUAAAAUUAUUCCUGAACUGUCUAUAAAAAUGUAUUCAUAUGAAUUUAUGAAAGUUAAUGUUUAUAAUUAUUAUAAUAAAAAUCGAAAAAAUAGCAAUCAAUCUGAUAAUAUUGAACAGAAUUUAGAUAUUCCAUUUUUUAUUCGUUUUUUAAUUGGAAGUUCAAGCGGUGUUAUAGCAGCUAUAUUUAUAUAUCCUUUUGAAAUUGUCAAAACUCGAUUAAUUGUAUCAAACAAAGAUGGAAAUAAUGGAAUUCUUAAAUGUCUUUAUAAUAUUUAUAAAUAUGAAGGAUUUAGAAAUUUUUAUAAUGGUUUAUGUAUGCAUAUUUAUGGCGUUAUUUUUUUUUCAGGAUGUAAUAUGAGUAUAUAUGAUUAUUUAAAAUAUAAAUUUUUUGAAUUUUAUAAACACUAUAUUCAUUCGAAUUAUUGUAUGAAGGAAAAUAAUAAUAAUAAAAUUAAAAAUGAUGAAAAUUUAAUUGAAAAUACAGAAAAGAAUAAACAAAAAUAUGAAAUAAAUAAUUCAUUGAAAAAUAACAAAGAUAAAAAUAGUAACAAUUUUUAUCAAUUAAACAAAUUUCCAUAUAAUUAUAAUUCAACAAAUUUUCUAAAUCGACAUGAAAAAAUAAAUCAAGAAUCUCAUUGUUUAUAUUGCAAUUAUCGUAUAAAAAAUGUAAACUGUUUAUCGUUUCUUUUUUUUGGGAUUACAAGUUCAUUCAUUGCUCAAAUAGUGAGUUACCCAUUUCUUGUUUUAAGAACAAGGAUGCAAACCAUGAAUAAUGAAAUUGCGACAAAUUAUUUAAAUAAUGAAAGGAAGCACAUUAAGUCCUGCAGUUUUAUUUUGUACAACAUUCGGGUUUAUGGCUUUAAGUCCCUCUACCGAGGAAUUUACGUGAAUUUACUGAAAACAAUCCCAGCAACUUCCAUAACCUGGUUUUCAUAUGAAUAUGCAAUGAGGAAGUUGAAAAGCGCUUAG